ACUGAUUUUCUCGUCUGGGAAAGAGGCAACAUGGCGACCAGUGGGAGAGCAGUGGAGGAUGUACAGCAGGGUCAGCUGCAGCUCCUGCUUCCCCAGCAGCUUAUGGACCAGGCUAAGGAAGCCCAGGGUGCAGGCGAGAAGAUGGGCUGGGCACAGGUGGUGAAGAACCUGGCUGAGAAGAAGCACGACUUCUGUGAGCAGUGGCGGGGAGAAGAAAGGGACAGAGGUGCCGGUGGCAGGCUGGGCAGCCCGGCAGGCCUGGCCACACCGAACCGCGGCAUCUUCCCACCGGCAGGCCGCGGCCACUUCUCACCAGCCGGCCGUGGUCACUUCCCUCCUGCCGGCCUCGGCCACUUCCCAGCUGCCGGCCACGGUCAACUCCCACCUGCCGGCCGCGGUCACUUCCCGCCUGCCGGCCGCGGGGACCCAAGGGUCUUCAGCAGAGACCCUGGUGGCUACGCAGCAGAUGCUUGCAGGAUGGAGGGAGCCGGAGCCAGAGACGCCAUUCAAAGGAAGAUGGCCGAGGUGGCAGCGGCGGCGGCGGCAGCAGCAGCGGCCAUGGCGUCCCCUCCCAGGCCUGUCACAAUCAAAGACGCAGUUACAGAGCGACCACUCCAGGAUGAGCCUCCAGCCUCCAGGCCGGGUAAGGGCCGCUUUCUUGUGCGCUUAGGUUUCCAGGGAGAAGAAAGUGCCUGUCCGACCCGCGAUUUCGUGGUGGGCGCGCUCAUCCUGCGCUCCAUUGGCAUGGACCCUGGGGACAUCUGUGCUGUCAUCCAGAUCCCUGGCAGCCGCCAGUUUGAUGUGAGCUUCAGAUCUGCAGACAAGCAAGCCCUGUUUCUCCGCGUCUAUGAGGAAAAGCGGGAGAAGGACGACUGCUGGGAGAACUUUGUGGUUUUGGGACAGAGCAGGUCCAGCUUGAAGACCCUCUUCAUCCUCUUCCGGAAUGAGACCGUGGAUGUGGAAGAUAUCGUGACCUGGCUCAAGCGCCACUGUGAUGUGCUGGCCUUGCCAAUGAAAGUGACUGACAGGUUUGGGAUCUGGACUGGGGAGUACAAGUGUGAGAUUGAGCUGCGCCAGGGGGAGGGAGGAGUGAGGCACCUGCCUGGCUCCUUCUUCUUGGGAACAGAGAGGGGCUACAGUUGGUACAAGGGGCAGCCCAAGACGUGCUUUAAAUGUGGUUCCCGGACCCACAUGAGCGGCACCUGCACGCAGGACAGGUGUUACAGGUGUGGGGAAGAGGGGCACAAGAGCCCUUACUGCAGGAAGAUCAUCCUGUGCAACCUCUGUGGCAAGGGAGGACACAUGUUUGCCCAGUGUCCCAAAGCAGCUCACAAUUCCAUGCGCUUCUGCCUGCCAGGGUGAACACAGCUUACACUUCUUAAGUGCCAAAACUUUUUUUCUUUUUUCUUUUUUCUUUUUUUUAGACCAUUUUUCUCUGUUUGGAAGGAGAUAUUUCUAAGACUUCACAGAGACAUUCUCUAUGCCUUUUUAAAACCAUGUUUGCUCCUUGUCAGGCUGUUUAAAAAGGACCAUUCAGAACUGUAGUUUGCAGAUAUGUUGUCUGUUCCUUCCCACAUUUUUUUUCUCCCAUUUGCAUUAGUUUUGGUACUUUGGUCAACACCCUGUCUCCCUCUGUACUCUUUCCUGCUUCCCUCCUCAUCCAUGUCUCCUUAGAAGAUUUUUGCCCCUUGGGGCUGCCUUGCUCUUUUUCAUGCCUCAGCCCUGUUUACAGGGAGCAAUGCAGGUUAGGCUUUCAGCCCAGUGUUUAUUGAAAUGAAAAUGUCGUUGACUAGCUCUGUCUAUAGUGCCUACCUUGUGCAGUUCUCUGCUGGGCUCUUUUCAUUUGCUGCUUUUAUGUGAUAUGAAAAUUUGUGAAAACAGUGUUGCUGGAAGUGUUUAAUGUGAAUAAGCUCUGAAAUGUGGCCAAGGGCCUCUCAAAGCAUAAAAACCUAUCUACUUGGUGAUUGCUCCUUGUUGCUCAGAAACUGUAUUUCUGUAGGAGUGUGGAUCCUAGGCAGUUCUGCUGGGAAAGACCCCAGAGUUGUUUUUUGUUGGAUUUUCUUUGGGGAAGCAUGCUUUUGUUGUGUGUAUUGUUUUGAGACUGGGUCUCACUGUGUAGCCCUGACUGGUUUGGAACUGGCUCCAUCCCUGGACCAGGCUGCCUGCAGUUCCUCUCACCUCUGCCUCCCUGAAGGGUGUUUUACAUUAACCCCUUGGUUUUCCAGUACAUGAAAUAAAUCCGAAGUUAAAUAACUGGGUCAAAGUACACAGGGGUGUGGUGCCACAGACAGUCCACAUGGAGUCUACUACUGCCCAUGCCUGUUGCUCAUCCCCCUACCUCUCACUCUUCACAACAAUCUUCUUGACAAUGGUGGGCCAAGGAAUUCUCUCUGCAGGCUGAUAGUCCCAGCAUGAAGCUGAGACACAGUCCCCUGAAAGAGCAGAAAGAGAAGCUUGUCUUGCCACUUCAUAGUAAAGGACCUAGGGAAAGGACCAGUGAUCACACUCCAGGCUGCACGCAUGCAUCAGACCUUGGAGUCAGUACCACAUCUUAAAUGUUCCACUGUCACUUUCAGCAGUGAGAAAUGGGUCCCCUCAGGAAAGAAACUUGCCAGACUUUUACAUUUGCACCCCUGCCUCAUUUACUAGGAACCCCAGGAAAGUUAGAGAGCUCAUCUGAAACCUUUGACAUUUGAUGCUCAGGAGAAAAGUGGUUUUUACCCAGAAUCAUCAGUGAGCUGUAAACUGGAAAAUGUUCUUGGGGAAACAGGCCAAGAGUGAAGGCCUGGGUCAACUAAGUGUUAUCAAGUUAAAGUAAAAGACAGUAAGCUGCUGUUUUCAGUUUUUGUCUUCUCUUUGCAGUUUUGCUAUUUUCUUGUGGCGUAGAAUGUAAAACCAGUUGCUCAAACUUGUUCUCAAUAAAUAUUUAUCUUUUUUGCCCAGGAAAAUGUUGAUUUGUGUGGAUUUAUUAGGUGGCCUUAGACAUAAUAUUGUGAAAACAUAGCAGUUUCUGCAGGUGUGGAAUUUCAUAAAAGUGCUGUAAAAUGAUGUCAUUUUUGGAGAGAUACAACUAAAGUUUCCUGUUGGUAUAGUAUGACUAUAGAGAAAAAGAUUUGAAUUGACAUGCCUUCAGAGAUGUUGCCAAAGAAGGACUGCCUCUUGGUUCACUAUUUCUGAGACUAAUGUAUCAGGCUAUGUUGAUACAUUGGAAAUUAUUUUUUCUCAUUUAAGUGGUAGAUGUUUCUUUAAUCAAAAAAAUUUAAAACAUUCAAUCAUGUCUAUGGGAAACAAGGAUAUAAUACCCUAGAAUAUGCUGAGUCCUGACAAGUUUUACAUUGGAAGUUGGUGGUACAAUCAAGACUUCCAUGAUGUUUGUCCUUGUGUUAGCUGUGGUUUUGAAAUGAACAGCGCAUGAGGAUGAUUAGUAAAAUCAUAGCUAUAUUAAUGGCUCAGGGGAUUGAAACUAUGAUCAAAACAAUGUCAAACUAUUUUAAAAACAGAUAUUCAAAAAAAUGAUGAUAGAUUGUAAUUUAAUGGAAUUUUGAAGUUUUAUUUAGAAAAGACUCCUCAGCAUUGAUCACUUUUAGUAUAUGUUGUGAUUAAAAGGAACAACAGAAACCCUUGAUUUAUGCUUAGUAUUUAUUUAGGCAUUCUGAAAUCAAUGUUGAAACUGACUGAAUACAAGCACCAUUGAAUAGGUAUGGAAAGAUGCCCAGUAGGUGCUAACAUUAGGGAUCAUCUGUGUGUUUUUUGACAAAUAUACAUUUUGGUUUACUUAUUUGCUUCUAAUACCCAAUGCCUAGUAGAAGAGUCCAUCAGCUAUCUGGCUGCUUGGAAGAUGAUUUCCUGGGUUCUAAUUGCAGAACAUAUAUAUGCCAGAGAAGUCAGGCAUGCAGGCAUCACCAUCCAUUCAAAGGACAUGAGGCAUAUGUCAUGUGAGUAAUAUCAUGAAAUUUUCCUGGCCAGCUUGUUUAACAUGUUUGUCAAAUUCUCCUCUUGUGUGAAACACAAUGUCAUUACAUCAUUGCUAAAACUCCUGAGCAUGAAACUGAUAUUUGAUGGAAUUUUAGUACCCUUGUUUCAGCUGAAUGUGCUUACAAAAUUGUUUGCUUAUGAAGCAAACCAAUGUACUACUACAUGCUGAAGAAGGAUCAUUAAACAGAUAUUGUCA